AUGUCUCUACCGGAAGAUAAAGAACGACUCGCCAACCUGCGAGAUGCGGAAUACAAAGCAGACCAGCUCUUCCGAGAAAUUGAGCGGGAUCUCAUUCGGCCGGGUAUCACCGAGAAAGACCUGAGCCAAGAAAUCCACGAGCUGGGCGCGAAGCGAUUUGCGAUCAAAAGCCACUGGCACAAGCGAGUUGUUCGAACAGGAGAAAAUACUCUUUGCCCAUACUCGGCGAACCCUCCGAACCUGGUCAUCCAGGCCGACGAUAUUAUGUUCGUCGAUCUGGGUCCACUUUUCGAGGAGUGGGAGGCCGACUUUGGCCGAACCUUCGUUCUCGGAGAUGAUCCGGAUAAAAUCAAGCUCCGCGAUGCCCUCGAGCCGACAUGGCAUGCUGUGCGGGCUCGCUUCCUGAGCAAUACGAAAAUGACCGGCGAGCAGCUUUAUCAGAUUGCUGUUGAGGAAGCGAGCAAGAGAGGUUGGAAGUUCGGCGCUCAACUUGCUGGACAUCUGAUCGGCAACUUCCCGCACGAGAGAAUCCCGAACGACAAGAUCAGCCUGUAUAUCACAAAGGGCAAUCACCAGCCGAUGAACGCCCUUGGAGCCGAUGGGCACCGACGUCAUUGGAUUCUCGAGAUCUAUCUCCAUCAUCCGAGUCGCCCGAUCGGCGGCUUUUUCGAGCAACUUCUGACUGACGAUGAUCAAUAUAUUAACUCGGAGCCGUUGUCUGGGAAAGCUAGCAGCCCGAGCAAGUCUGCUCCGGGAUAUCUGUUUGCUUUUACCGCUGCGAUCUUGAUUGUCGCCGUGUAUAUCUUCGGGAUCUAG